ACGAAAAAAAGCACAGCGAAGAAAAUUUUGAAAAGUCAAAAAUCGUGCGCCUCCAACAACGCUGCCUCGCGCCCCGCUUGCCGACUAAUUGAAAACAAAAAUACAUGCAGUGCCCACAAAAAUAAAAAAUCAAACGAAAAUCGUAUCCAAAAGAUGCGCGAAUUUGUGUUUUUUAUGCCGAAAGUUGAAAUAAUUACGCAAGGCGGCAAUUGACGGCACGUGUAUGUGUGUGUGUGUGUGUCUGUGUGUGAGAAGUGGAAAGUGAAUAAAAGACAUUAGAAAAACUGGAAACUUGCAAUUAUUGUGAAUGCUUAUUAAUUGUCCGCAGCGAGUUGUGCAAUUCGAGAGGCAAAACAAAACAAAUGGCCUCCAACGGUUGUGUACAAGCUAAUUAGCUAAAGUUAUUUACUGGUCUUAUCAACACACCAGUUGGAAGCGUCCAACGCCAACCACUAUCGCCCCUAAUUAUUAAUUAAAAGCAGCUGCUGUGCAUCGACAUCGACGCCGGCCAGUUAGAAAUCCAGGGAGGCGUAAAGCGCAUCUCGCACAGACAUGCGAGCAUCUGAAGUGACGGUUGCAUAACAGAAUUACAAAAAAAAAAAAAAAAUAGAAGCAGCAAAGAACAGCAACAACGAUGAGCAACAGGCUGGAUCUGUUGGAUGCGCAGCUACCGGCAAGCGAAGCAAUGCCGAUUGGUGUGGAAGGCACGUCCAACGCAAGAAGCGGUGCGAGGAGAAAGACCAAGAGGCGUGGUGGGAGGCGAGCUGCGGCAGCGGCAGCGGUGCAUGGACGGGAGAGCAUUGGCAGCGUCAGCUCCACGCUCUACAAGGCAUUUCGCGAGCGCUUCUUGAGCGGCAACGCGUCCACAUCCAAGGUUGGGGACUAUAGGGAGUUGCGCCAACGCGAUGCGGAAUCGGGCCAACAUUUGGAUGUUGUUGCCGAUGCCGAAAGUGUUGGGGAGGAAAGCGACAGUGGAAGUCGGCUGAGCAGUAGCAGCAGCAGCAGCGUCGAGGAUUUGUUUGUCCACGAGACGCGACGCAAGUGGCGGCGGAAAGGCUCGGGCAGGGGGAGCUCCAGGCAGCGCCUGAAGAAUCCACCGUUAUGUACUAGAAAGACUCUAGCAGUGAUAGUUUUUACAUUCCUAGCUUUAUUGGUUUUGACGCUGAUCUCCAUUUUGGGUAUCUACGUACUGCGUGUUGAAAAUCUCCACCGCCCCUCUACUCUAAGAAGCAUUGACCUAACUGAGGUAAUUUACGGAGCAUUUUACGCCAACGAAUUCAACGGCAGUUGGACAAAGGAUGGCAAUGUGUUAUACAAAGAUGAAGAGGCCAUUGUGGAGUACAACACAAAGACGCAGCAACGUACAAUUUUAUCAAGGAAUGCACAUCAAUAUUUUCACUACGAAAAAUCAGCCGACGGAAAGUAUUUGCUGCUGGCGAAGAGCCGGCAAAAGAUCUUUCGAUAUAGUUUCUUUGCUCUCUACGAUAUAUUGAACCUGAAAACGGGUCUACUCACCCCAUUGACCAUAGAGAAGGAGAGACCCUUUCUGACUCUGGUGAAAUGGGCGCCCAUGGGCAAUGGAUUGAUAAUCAAUUACGAAAAUAAUAUAUACUACAAGCCGAGGGCAUUUGCACAGGAAAUUGUCAUAACAAGGGACAGCAACACAAUGGUCUUGAAUGGCAUACCGGACUGGGUGUAUGAGGAGGAGGUCUUCAGCUCCAACGAGGCCAUGUGGUUCAACACGGCUGGCACCCAGUUGGCGUUCAUACGCUUCGAUGAUUCUCUCACACGAUUCAUGGACAUGCCGGUGUAUGGUGAGGCGAAUGAUUUGAGUUUCCAGUAUCCAGAACAUAGGCAAACGCCCUAUCCUAAGGUUGGCACGCCCAAUCCACGCGUACAACUGUUUGUGGCGAAUCUGGAGAAUGCAAUGGGCGGUAGAAAGUUUCUAAGUGAGGUUCAAGUGCCUACUAGACUCCAAUCGGGAACGGAUCAUAUUAUUUCAGUUGUUAGUUGGCUCAACGAAACUCAUGUGCUCUCCACCUGGAUGAAUCGCACACAAAAUGCCGCCUAUGUGAUGUGCUUUGAUGGUCUGAGCAACAAAAUGCUGUAUAACAUCGAGUCCAAAACUGGUUGGAUAAAUAUCUUCAGUCCACCCUUUAGUAAUAACGACUCCACGCGAAUUGCCUUAAUACUUCCGUACAACAACUACAAACACAUUACAUUGCUUUCAACCAAGGCAAACGCCUCCGAACAGCAGCAUCCCGUAGCCCUCACUGAGGGUAACUUUGUGGUGGACAGCAUACUCCAUUGGGAUCCUACACACGAUCUCAUCUUCUACUUGGCCAACACCGCGGAGCAUUCGGAGCAACUACACCUUUAUGCCAUUAAGGCCCAAAGCGGCGGCAAAGAGGAGCCCAAGUGCGUGACUUGCAAGCUGAUGUCAUCUGACAAUGAGGAGCAGAAUUAUUUUUCAGCCACUUUUAACAAUCAAAAGCAGAUUGUGAUUACGUCACUGGGUCCGGGAUUACCCGCAACAGCCAUCUACGAAUGGAGCUACGAAAACUUUCAACUAUCACUUACAAAAUUACUGGACUGGGAGACUAAUGACAUGCUGCGCUCUAAAUUGGAGGGCGUAACCUUGCCCAGACGCGAGAUACAUACCUUCGAUAUUGGAGAGGGUCUGACGGCAAAGGUGUUGUUACAUUUGCCACCAAAUUUGGAUCGAAGCGGUAGGACGAAGUACCCUAUGCUUGUAGAUGUCUAUGGAGGUCCUGAUUCCUUCUAUGUAAACAACAAAUGGUCCAUAGACUGGGGCAGUUAUCUAUGCAUCAAUGAAUCGGUUAUUUAUGCCAAAAUCGAUGGACGUGGCUCGGGCAUGCGUGGUGAGAAGCUUUUGAAUGCCAUCUAUAGAAAUCUAGGAACUGUAGAGAUUCAGGAUCAGAUUUCUGUCACACGCAAAGUUACUCAAAAAUUCAACUUUGUGGAUGCCUUAAGUAUAGGUAUCUGGGGCUGGAGCUAUGGCGGCUAUGCAGCUGGCAUGGCCUUGGCCACUGAUGACUCAAAAGUAUUUACAUGUGCCGCCUCAGUAGCGCCUGUCACGGAUUGGAACUACUAUGACUCCAUUUAUACGGAGCGCUAUAUGGGACUGCCUAGCGAAAAUGAGGCUGGCUAUGAAAAUUCGCGGCUAUGGACGCGUGCCGAUCAGUUUCGAGGAAAAAAGUAUAUGUUGGUCCAUGGAACUUUGGACGAUAAUGUGCAUUAUCAGCAAGCCAUGGCUCUGGCUAAAAAUCUGGAACUGCGUGAUAUUUCGUUUACACAGAUUAGCUAUCCUGAUGAACAACAUGGCUUGAUUCAUGUACGUCCUCAUCUGUAUCAUGCGCUGAAUCGUUUCUUUGGCGACUGCUUUGGAAACAAACACUUAAUGGAAAGCGGCAAAUAAUAUCUACUCAAGUGCAAUUUUAGCUGACAAUAGCAACCGAUGUUGCUCAACUGUUAAAUAAAGCAAUUGUUGAAGUCUUAUAUUUAUUAACUCCGAAUUAUUAGUUUAAUGUUGAUUUGAGACAAAGUUACGAAUUGAGGCAAGCUCAUGAAUCGAUCCAAGUUUUAAAAAAUGCAAAUACAGGAUUCCAAAACAAGCUUGGUUGCUACAAAAAUAUUAAACAGCUCCGGCAGCACGCCAUAAUGACUAUUCUGAUAAGUUUCUCAAACAUGUUUGGCCUUAAUGUCUUUUUCUGGCUUGGGCUCCUGGUUCGCUUAUCGACUUUAACCAAAUUUGGCACUUGGCCAAAAAAUAUGUUUACAAACAUUUGUUGAGACCUAAAAAUGUAUCGAGUAUAGCAAAAAUUUAUUGUUUAUUAAUGGGUUAGCAAAGUGUGUCUGAAUGAAAUAAAUAAAUGCGUAAA